AUGGACGGCUCCGGCGGCCACCACCUCGCCCUGCCCUACCACCCGACGCGCCGUCUCCACGUCCUCUUUUCCCGAGCCAAUGACCGCCAGCCGCACCCCGAGCACGACCCGCCCCUCGACCAAAUCUGGGACCGUCUCACCCAGUCCAACCCCACCCUCUUUAACGCCCGCAAGUUCCGCCUGCACGCCCUCUCCCACGCCCCUACUUAUUCGAACCUCCACCUCGGCCUCACCGACUACAAAACCUUUCAGGCUACUCACAUGCCCCCGCACCCCGUCGCACGGCUCGGCCGCCAGCACAUGGCCCUACCGCUUGGCAACGUCAUCGUUGUCGCAACGCGGGAUGAGAGCACCCUCCUACUCGUCCGGAAUAGAGCCGUGGGCGAGGGGAAGGGCGCUCUCGUGUUUCCGGGCGGCCAUCCGGAGCCGGACGCUAUGCACCCGCCGCCCAGGGAGGGCGAGAACGCACGUGUUCUAGAUGAGUUGUUUCAGGGCGCGCGAAGAGAGGUCCUCGAGGAGCUGUUUCUGGACGACCAGCACCUCCCCUCCGUGCAAGAAAUGCGCGUAUUAGGCAUUGUGGAGCGGAAAGGCGACGCCAAGCCGAGCAUGGUGUUUUUCGCGCGCACAGCCCUCACGGCGGGGGAAGUGUGCGCCACGUACCAGCGCGGCAACGUGCGGCAAGAGGAAACUAACGCUAUCAUUGCCAAGCCGCUCGCGUUUUUGCGAGAGCUUGCCGCUGGGGCGCGCCUGCACGGCGCAGACCCCAUGCCGGAGACCGUCGGGGCGGCGCAGCUGUGGGCGCAAAUGAGGGACUGGCCGUCGGAUACCACGCAGCCUGCGCAGCAGCAUGCCACAAAUGCGGCAUGUUGCUAG